AUGCCCUGCUGCCACUGCGCGCUCCACGCUGGGCGCCAGAGCCGUGCUGGCUGUGCCGCUCUGGAGCCAACCAUGGACAGAGGAAUACCUAGACCACCCUUUGAUGAUCUUAUCCAAAGGCUUAUUUCAUUGAGGGUUAUUGGAAAUUCAGAUAAAAAACCAGCAAUUGUUUCUGUUGAUAUCCGUUCUGGAUGGCAUGUUCAAGAGGGAGAUGUUGAUGGAGAAGGGAUUAAACCUGAUAUGCCACAUUUCACACUUCAUCUGAACUAUCAUAUCUUUGUUUUACCACCUACUAACUUGGCAACUUCUCAUGCUGGUUAUUUCAAUCGCUACAGGUAUAGAGCUGUCACAAGCGCGUACUACAGAGGUGCUCUAGGAGCUCUGCUAGUCUAUGAUAUCACCAAACGCCAGAGCUUCGACCACAUUCCUCGUUGGCUGGACGAGCUCCGUGGCCAUGCCUACAAGAACAUUGUCAUCAUGCUGGUUGGCAACAAGAGUGACCUCGAGGAGGAGCGUGCUGUGAGCACCGAGGAUGCCAAGGAGUUUGCCGACAAGGAGAACCUCUUCUUCCUGGAGACCUCAGCGCGGCAGGUCACCAAUGUCGAGAAUGCCUUUCAGACCGUCUUGACGGAGAUCUUCAAGAUCCACAUCAAGAAGAACAUGGCGGCAGACCCCAAGGCCAACGGUGCUGCCCCGUCACUGGCAGGGAAGAAGGUCCUCAUCCCAGGCCCCGCCCAGGAUAUUCCCAAGAGCAAGUGCUGCAGUUACAUGUGAUAUCUUGCCCGGAUUUCAUUGGGUUUGUGUGCGUCGAAAAUAUUCAUGUGAUGUUUCUGGA